AUGGCAUUCAGAUCCAGAGUUGUUGCCUUUGAGGAGCUAGACAGCCAGCAAGCGAAAUGGAUAGGCCUGAAGAAGAUACAUUGGCAGGAUCCGACUGGCAAGGAUCGUCUCUGGGAAGCUGCUGAGAGAAAGACCAGAGGUUCAUCGGGUGUCGAUGCCGUCGCAAUAUUUGCAAUCAUAAGGUCCAAGAAGGAAACCUUCAAACCGUCCACCGUCAUCAUCGAGCAAUACCGGCCACCCAUUGACAAGGUCAUCAUCGAAGUGAUGUACUCCCCAGAGCUUCCCGCAGGGCUGGUUGACGACGGCGAAACUGUCGAGGCUGCUGCUAUUCGCGAGCUUGAAGAGGAGACGGGUUUCAAGGCGGAUCGAGUCAUUGAGACUAGUUCUCUGCUUGCCACCGACCCAGGGAUGACUACCGCCAAUAUGAAACUCAGCAUGUUGUCAGUCUCCAUGGAGGACGAUCUGCAAACGUACGAUCAAAAGCUGGACGCUGGUGAAUUCAUUGUGAAGCGUGUUGUCGAAUUGGACAAUCUCCAUGCGGAAUUGGAAGAAUAUAGCAAGAAGGGCUGCGUCGUAGAUGCGCGACUUCAUCACAUUGCGGUUGGAUAUGCGCUAGCUGCAAGAUUGAAAACCGGUUCAAUUUAA